GAAAAAGGAAUCAAAAGCUUCCCCCAUGUGAAUGCACAGCCCGAAAAAGGUACGAGUUGAUGUUCGCUUCUCCAUGAUUCUGCAUAAAUGAUGAAGCAUGAUCAUAACAACCAAAUUCCCAAACCAGUGAGAUAGACGGCCAUUCUUUUCACCCCGACAGAUUUUUACGUGUCAGAUGCUAAAUGCAUUUUGGUGCGAAUCUGAGACGAACUGAUUGAAUAAUACUGACUGAGAAAAUGAGGCCAGUGAUGAGAAUAAUAUGGAGCCUUGGAGUUAUUAUAACAAUGGGAGUUGCAGAAUCGAAUGAAAUCCCUUUCUUCAUAUUUGGUGACUCUCUGGCGGACGCAGGCAACAACAAUUACAUUGCCUCCCUCUCAAAAGCUGAUUUCCCCCCUUAUGGAAUUGAUUUCACACUUUCAGGGGGCAGACCCACGGGCCGUUUCACCAAUGGCAAAACAAUCCCCGACAUCAUUGGGCUUAGCAUUGGGAAGACAAUGUUACCCCAACCAUACUUGGCACCCACUACCAAAGGAGCUCUCAUACUUCCUGGAGUGAACUACGCAUCAGGGGCAUCUGGAAUCCUCAAUGUCACUGGAUCUCUCUUCGCCGCGCGUAUUGUACUGCAGCAACAAGUUGAGUACUUCGAAACAACGAGGAUGGAACUCGUCGAUAUGCUAACCGAAGCCGGUGCUAUCAAGUUCCUUGAGAAAUCAGUAUUUACCGUGACAACAGGCUCAAAUGAUUAUCUCAUUAACUAUCUUUUACCUGUCUCACCCAUGAGGGCUCGUUACACACCAGAUGAGUUCCAGGAGGAGCUUAUAUCUCAGCUAGGCGUUUUACUUAUGAGAUUGUUCAGUUUAGGGGCCAGGAAGUUUGCUAUAGCAGGAAUCGGGCCUCUGGGAUGCACACCUUUUGAAUUGUCUUUAAACAAAUCUACGAAUGGUAUAUGUAUUUCUCAGUCCAAUAAUCUGGUAGUGAACUAUAACAGCCGUUUGAAACAGCUUAUUACCCAGCUAAAUUCCAGUCUACCUGAUUCUCAUUUUGUGUAUCUCAAUACUUACGACGUUGUGAUGGACCUCCUCCAAAACUACCAGAAGUACGGUUUUGAGAAUCCUAAUACUGCAUGCUGUGGAGCUGGUGGGCAGUUCAGAGGAAUAGUUUCGUGCCUGCCAAACAUAGGAUUCUGCAACAGUGAUCGAUCUAGAUAUAUAUUUUGGGACGCUUAUCACCCAACGGAGGCCACCAAUACUCUUGUAGCCAAGAAAUUCUUGGAUGGAACUCCAAAAGAGUCUUUUCCUAUAAACUUGAGACAACUCUUCUCCAUUUGAAUUAAUUAUAUAAACAGGAAAAGAGAAGUUCGAUGGAUUCUGAGAUGAAGAUUUUCUUACUUAUGGAGGACUCGAUUAGAGAAAGAAAUAAUGUCUUGUCAUUAGGCAAGAUGAGGCGGCCGGAGGUUGAAUUUAGAACAUAAGUGUGCAACUGCAAUAGUUUUAGUGAGAAAAUGUAAAGAACUAUAUUAAUAUGGAUAUGGAAGUUGAAGGUUUUUAUAAAGUGAAUUAUAGAAUUAUAUUGUAUAAUUGCGUCGCUUGCGGGAGUGUAUGGAUGGACUACGUGACAAACGUAACCAUAAUUAUUAUUGUAGGAGAACAGCGGUGUCCGUUGCUCCAAGUGUGAAUAUUUUGUAUUAUAACACAGAUUUUAAACUUA